UUCCUCAACAGUGGUGACGGUGCAGCUGGGACUUUGCCUCGUUCGUCUCUCCCUUCCUUCUGCGGUUGUUCUGAGAGUUAAACGUUUUGUGCAACGGCGCGUUGCUUCCUUCUCUCUGGUAUCUCUGGAGAGCUGAUGAGAUUUUUAAAAAGUCCAGGGAGUGGUCUCUCUCACACAUGUCCUGGAAUGUGCUUUUAAGAGAGGGGGAAUAUGAAUCAACUCUGCUCACCCCUGUUUUCUGCCUUUUUCCUCUCUCCCCGGAUUGCUUAAGUCUCCUGCCAGGAGCUGGGUGCUGGAUCUACUUGUGUAACAUUUCUGGAUUACAGCAAAUCAUUGUAUUUUUUUAUUUGAUUUUUUUUGUCUCUUUAUCCACCAACUUUCAAGUUGGACACUUUUUUUAACACCAUAAAACACAGAUCUCCUGGUCUCCACUCUAAGAAAUCAAUUAGAGGGUUGCUAAAAUUAGUUCCACAAGUGUGUAGGUAUUGAGGAGAGACUCAUCCCUUCCAGGUUGUGGGUGGAGAUAACUUACUGUGGCCCUGGACAACCUGUUGGAGCUGUUUUUGCACCGUUUUAAAAGAAGACGAAAAGAAAAAGCGUGAAAUGGGAAAGGAACCGCCCUUGCUUAUGGGCUAUUUUGUUUCUAUGGAAAGAGCAUUAUGAAGAGUCAGUCUGCUCUCAAUGUCUGCCACUGUUAAGCUGCAGCCUGUGUACUCAUGGAAGGGCGUGCUAAAGCUCUUCUCUUGCAUAGCGGCACGAACUGCUAGUAAACCUAAAGGGCUGUGCUUUGUGUCUAAGAAACUCAUCUGAUUGGUGUAUUGUGGAAAUUACUCCAACCUUAUUAUACAGGGCGUUGAACAGCACACUCUCACAGUGAAAUCGGGUCUACACAUUUCAAGGAAAGAAGAAAGACGUACUUGGGAAUCAUAUGGACGAAGAAAUGAGUCGCCAGACUGCCACAGCGCUGCCCACGGGAACCUCGAAGUGUCCUCCUUCUCAACGCGUCCCAACCUUGUCGGGCACCACGGCAUCCAAUAGUGACCUCGCCAGUCUGUUCGAGUGCCCGGUCUGUUUCGACUAUGUGUUGCCCCCCAUCCUGCAGUGCCAGAGCGGCCACUUGGUCUGUAGCAACUGUCGGCCCAAACUCACCUGCUGCCCUACCUGCAGAGGCCCGCUUGGGUCAAUCCGCAAUUUGGCUAUGGAAAAAGUAGCCAACUCAGUGCUGUUCCCCUGCAAGUAUGCCUCAUCAGGCUGCGAAGUCACCCUACCGCAUACAGACAAAGCCGAGCAUGAAGAGCUUUGUGAAUUCCGGCCAUACUCUUGCCCGUGUCCUGGCGCAUCAUGCAAGUGGCAGGGCUCGCUUGAUGCUGUCAUGCCUCACUUGCUGCACCAGCACAAGUCUAUAACCACACUACAAGGUGAGGAUAUUGUCUUCCUGGCAACAGACAUCAACCUCCCUGGGGCGGUGGACUGGGUCAUGAUGCAGUCAUGCUUCGGUUUCCAUUUUAUGCUUGUGCUGGAGAAGCAGGAGAAAUAUGAUGGUCACCAACAGUUCUUUGCCAUUGUGCAGCUGAUCGGCACACGGAAACAGGCGGAAAACUUUGCCUAUAGGCUUGAGCUGAAUGGCCACCGGCGGCGACUCACUUGGGAGGCCACGCCACGCUCCAUCCACGAGGGCAUUGCCACUGCCAUAAUGAACAGUGACUGUCUGGUGUUUGAUACCUCCAUCGCUCAGCUGUUUGCAGAGAAUGGCAACCUGGGCAUCAACGUCACUAUAUCCAUGUGCUGAGGACUAACAGCUUUGCAUACUUGAAUACACGCAUACAUACAUGCAGACAAACAACAUUUCAAAACACUGCAGGAUACCUUGAGUUGUGCAUUGGGAACUGGGGCAUAGCAAACCUAGGGAACUUUUUGCUGUUGUACGUUCCAAGUAAUCAUAAAAAAAAAUAUAUUGUUUGGAGCUUGGCACGUCCAACCAGACUUUGCUCCUAAGUUCUCAGUUUUAUGCUACAACAUUAUAUAAGUUAAUGUAUUGUACAUUAUUGAGAGCAAAAGUCAUUGCCCUUGAAGGUAUAGGAAAGCCGCCUUUUGUGGCAUGGACAUUUGCAAUUGUGGCAUUUGGGACGACGCAACGGCACACCGAGCUCUACGGGGUUUGGGGAAUGUUGAUCAAUUUUGGGGGUUGGUUUGCUCAAAAGGUGCGACACUUGGCGCAAGUUUUUGUUUCCGUUUUGUUUUUGUUUCCCAAUAAGUUUUGCAUUUCAGUUCAGAUAAAACACUAACUUUUAUUUCCAAAAAUAUUUUGUCAUCCUUUUUUUUUUUUUUUUUUUCCCUCUGCUAACUUUACCUACCUUAAGUAUGAUACAAAAAGGUUCUGGUAAUUGGUGCAUGACCACUGGAUAAGUUACAAGUCCAGAUUUCAUUUUAGAAGUCGUUUGUUUCUACCUGUCACUGCAGUGUGUCUCCUGUUUGUUUUGAAGGGAUGGUUACAGUCAGAACUUACAGAAUCAAGCCAUGUUACAAAAAUUCUUAAGCAACUAAAUUCUUUAAAGAUGAUGGACACAUUUUAAACUUGUUAACAGCUGGGUUAAAGUUGUACAGCAUGGGCGAGACCACACACAUUUUAUAUGGAACCCCUCCAUUACAAACUGGAGUAAACACAGCAUUGAAUAUCAGUAUAGGAACAAGGGCAAUUACUACAGUUAUUAUAAUGAAAUUGUCAUAAUUAUCUUUUUUAAUGACAUAAGAAAUUGAAAUUAAAAGGCUGUUGUAACCUUGUGGCUAAUCUUCAGUGUUUGUAGAUAGUGUUGUUCUUCAGAUGUCUUUCUCUUUUUGUAAGUCAAUAUUUUUGUUGCUGUUGUUCUUUGUAUGUCUGUAUUUCUGUAUUUGCAAGGAUAGGGUGAAGCAAAGCCAAACAUCUCUGUGGAUACAUUGUACUGUUGCUAGUCCUGAUUUCUAAUUUUAUUUAGUUUUAUUGUUUGUUUUUGUUCUAUUUUGCCAGUAAAUAAAUCUAUCUUUUUCAUACCUU